AGGAACCCACCUGACCUUCCCCGUAGUCUCCCAAAAUACUAGGGGCACCCUUCCUUAUGUUUUUCUCCAAAUCAGCCAACAAAUACAAACCCACCAUUCUUUUCUCUAUUCCUCCCAUCCUAUAUAAAUAAGCUUCACCCCAUCAACCCAAUUUAAAGCUUUAAACUUCAAUCAAAUUAAUCAACCAUAAUCUUCAAAUUAAUAUUUCAAAGUUUUGUGAUUAAAAAUAACAAAAAUGAGUUCAGCAAAAAGUAGAGCAUGGAUGAUAGUUGCAGCAGUACAAGGGAUGAAAGAUCAAGGAUUUACAAGGUGGAAUUAUACUAUUAAAUCUCUUAAUCAACAUGUUAAGAACAAAGUUAGAUCCUAUUCUCAGGCUAAAUUGAUCUCUGGGUCAUCUUCAAUUUCCCAGAAAAUUAGGGAUGAAAAAUUGAAGCAGUCAGAAGAAUCUAUUAGGAAAGUCAUCUACUUAAGUUGUUGGGGUCCUAAUUAAUUUAUGAAUUGUAAAUUUUCUGGUUCUUUAGAGAGUUGCACACUCAGCUCGUACAGGAUAAUGAUGUGGUCGAGUUUCGGGCCGUGGAUUCGAGGGCCGGGUAUAGUAUCCAACAACCCCGAACCUUUACCAAUCCGGCUAGUUUGCAUUACGUAAUCUAUGGAUGCACUCUCGGAUUCUGAUAAUAUUGUCUUGAUUGUAUAUUACGUAUUGUUAAAAAGUUUCCUUUCUUCUCAUUAAUCUCACAGUUUCAAGUUUCAACUUA